AUGGCCCAUGUGUUGAAGGCUUGCUUGGUUCUGAUCCCCUGGAUGGGUAGUGGGACCUUUAAGAAGGGAGAUUCGAGAAGCUGGGAGGUUGCCGCCUCUGGUACCGGCCACCAGAGGGGGCCAGGGGACCUCGGCGUCCUCGUUACCCAUGACAACCGUGGUGCUCAGGCGGGGAAGGCGCAGAGCAGCAUCGGCCGCCCGAAGUCCCUGAGCUCCUGGAGCCCGGAGCCGGGGUCUGGCGAGAAGGCGGUGCGGAAGGCCGCGGUCUGCACCGGCCGCUCCCUGGAGUUAUGCACCUUCCCUGCCACCCUGGGCUCCUCGGUCGCGGCCGCCGCGCUGGAGCAGCUCUUAGUCAUCUUAACUUUCUAAUCUUUUUUUUCGGAACAAUCUCUACAAAAUGACUAUUUUAAAUGCAAUGAAGAAGCUAGGAUCUUUCUUAAAGAUAUUGCUCUUGCUGUUAAAAAAAUUGGUACUGAAGAAAUAAGAAAAACCACAAUUGAUCAACUAGAAAUGGAAAGCAUGGAACUCAGCAGAUUCUACUUUCUGUUGCAAACUCUGCCUGAGGAAGCUAGAAGGGAGCUAGAAGAGAGUGUCAGAGAUGCUCGCAGGUUAAAUAUCUGUGAGAUAAACCAAAUGCAAACAAGAAUUAAUACAAAGAAUGAUGAAAUAAAGUCUCUAAAGAAGACAAUAAUCAGCCUGAAAAAAGUGAAUGAAGCUCUGGGUAAAAAGCAAGAAGAGCUGGAAAAGCAGCAUGAGAAGCUUGUCCUGUCACUCAAUCAAACAAUGCAAGAAAAAUCCAAGGCCAUCAUUUACAUAAAUGAUACCUGUACCAGAAUAAGCUCAGAAAGAGAAGACACAGAGGUACAAAGAAAACAUGUGCAGGAAACAGAGGAGCAAAUAGCCAAACAAAUUGCAGAAUAUUUGCUAAGAAAACAGCAACUAACUACACAGACCGAUGAAUUUAAAAAAAUCUGUGAACUUGCAAGAACGGAGACUUAUAAAAAGAAGGAAGAAUUAGGAAAAUUGAAGAAUAGAAUGACAAACAUGAAACAAACAGUGACUAUCAGCACAGUGGUUCUUAGUGAUCACAAUUUAGAGAUAGCACAACUACAAUCGUCAAUAAAGGAGUGGGAAGAAAAGGUGGAUGAAGUAACAAAUGCUUGUAAGAGUCUAGAAAAUAAAAUGAGUUUUUUUACAGCUCACAAGGAAAAACUGGAUGAUUCAUCAAAAUAUGAAAAAAAUGAACACCUGUAUAAAAUAAAACAGCUGGCUGAAAAACUGCACAAAGUUAAUUUAGAGAACAAAGAGCUACAAGAGAAAAUGAAUGCUAAUUUACAACAGUAUAGGAUUGUGUUAACUGAAGAAGAUCAAGUUUUUUUGCAGAAACGGAAACUCUAUGACGCAAACCAGGGAGAGCUGGCAUUUAUUGCACAAAAAGAAAACUUCCUUGCACAAAGACAAAUAGACAUCAAAAAUAUGGAAGAAGGACUUGUCACACUUGAGGAUCUUCACAAAAAAGAAGUAUAUCAAAAACAAAUAGAAAUUCUGAGUGAUAACCUGGAAAGAGAAAAUCAGAGAUGCAUCAUAACUCAGUGGAAACUAGCUUGUUUGAGAAAACAGCAUGCAUGAUGGUUAGCCCAGAAAAAGACCAAAAUACAAGUAAUUGCAGGUAAAAUUGAGCAUGCAGAACAGAGAUGAAAUGAAUUACUGGAAGAGACCAAACUUAGAGAAAUGGAGAUCGAUGAAUUUGUGAUACAGAUUGAAAAAGUUACAGCACAAUUAAAAGAAGAGGAGGAAUUUGUAAUCAGAGAAAAAAACUUAAUUUAUGAGUUAAGCAUAUAUGAGGAUUUAAUUGUUAAGGAAAUGAAAAUUAGCAAAGGAACAGAAGACGAGCUCAUUGAUAGUCUUCCACACCUUCAUUUGGCAGAAGAAGAGUACACAAUAAAAAACAGAAGUCUACAAGAGCUCUAUGGGACACUUAAAGCACAAAGACAGGAGGAGACUUUGCUAAACAACUACAUUUCUCAUGUUACAUGAGACUUUUCAAGAUAUGUUGAAAACAUGGAGAGAGUGAAAGAAGAAUUAAAACAAGCACGAGAUCAAGAAAGCCAGAAAGUCAAAGAACAUUUUGAAAUUCUAAAGAACUUAGAAAAUGAAGUCUAUUUACAUGGCCAAAAAGCAGACUUUUUGCUUCUGGAAAAUAAAAGAUUAAAAGAAUAUAUUUCAUACUUAAGGAACAAUACUGAGAAAUACAGAGAAGGACAAGACUUCCUGAAACAUAAUUCAAGUGACCUGUCCUGGAAACUGAUAGCUCAGCACACACAAUAUAAAUAUUUGUGGACAGAAUUUCAGGCCACAGUUAAGGACUUGGUGCUCAAUGGUGAAAAUAACUUGCAUGAAAUAAAAAAUCUAAUAGACAAGCUGUGCACUAGGGAUGAAAAUAUUGAGUGCAUCAGUACUUGGCUACAGAGGAAUCUUGAAGAUCUGCAUAAGCUCACAAAACAGGAAUCAACAGAUCUUCGAAAGAAGAAAAACAAGCAUACCAAAAAGAGUCCAUUUCUUACAAAGAAAUGCAUUCAUAAAGAAUAACAAAAUAACUCAAAGAUACAACUGCUGUGAAUUCAAAAGGCAUAAACAAAACUCAGGAAAAUUAGUGCACUUAUUUUCAUAUUUUGCAACUGUUAAGUCUUCAACAUGUGAGCUUUAACCAAUUUGCCCAACCCUAUCAAAUAGCAAAAAAA